CCUGCACACCCCCCCCCACCCCUCAGCCCGUCUCCCUCCGCCCUAUAAAAGGCGGGCGCGGCGGGGCUCCCGUCUCCGCAGUGUGCGUGGGCGGGCGCGGCGGCUCCGCGCGGCGGUGCGGCGACUCGCGCGGCCUCCUCCUUCCCUCCCUCCCUCCUUUCCCUCAGCCCGGCCCGGAGCGGCCCAUCCGCCGCCAUGAGUUCGGGAACCCCCUAUAUCGGUAGCAAGAUCAGCCUGAUCUCCAAGGCGCAGAUCCGCUAUGAGGGCAUCCUCUACACCAUCGACACCGAGAACUCCACCGUGGCGCUGGCCAAGGUGCGAUCCUUUGGUACUGAAGACCGGCCCACAGACAGACCUGCUCCUCCGAGAGAAGAAAUCUAUGAAUACAUUAUUUUUCGAGGAAGUGACAUCAAAGACAUCACUGUCUGUGAACCUCCAAAAGCUCAACAUACUCUGCCACAAGAUCCUGCCAUUGUUCAAUCUUCACUGGGCUCUGCCUCUACAUCAUCCUUUCAGCCACAUGUGCCUUACAGCCCGUUUAGAGGUAUGCCACCUUACAGCCAGCUUGCUGCCAGCUCUUUACUUAGCCAGCAGUAUGCAGCUUCGUUAGGUUUAGAGAAAUUGGUAAGCCCUCCAGCAUCAGCAGCUGCUUCCAGCCCUAGUUCUUCUCCGUCUCCACAACCUGUUUCAGAGCCUGACAUGUCUUCAGAGCCCCAUCAGCUCUCUUCCAAGGGUGCUGGCUUUCCUUCUGUUCACCCAGUCCGCAAAAGCCCCAUGGUAGAGCAGGCUGUUCAGACUGGCCCAGUUGACAACAUGAAUUCACAAAAGCCACCCCCGGUGAAAGUAACUCCAGGGGUUCAACGCAAUGGACGGCAGGUUCCACAGGGCAACAGUAAGACAAAUGUAGAUACUGUUCAGGCUGCACCUGUGCAAACCCAAGGACAGGUGAAUGAUGAAAACAGAAGACCUCAAAGGAGAAGAUCAGGAAACAGGAGAACCAGAAACCGUUCUAGAGGACAAAACAGACCAGCUACUGUGAAGGAAAAUACAAUAAAGUUUGAAGGUGACUUUGACUUUGAAAGUGCAAAUGCACAAUUCAACAGAGAGGAACUUGAUAAAGAAUUCAAGAAGAAACUAAAUUUUAAAGAUGACAAAGCAGAGACGGGGGAAGAAAAAGGGGACCCUGGAGUGGCAACUCAAAACAAUGACGGUAAUGCAGAGGAGGACCUUCUGGGACCCAACUGCUAUUAUGAUAAAUCCAAGUCUUUCUUUGACAACAUUUCUUCAGAACUGAAAUCUAGUUCUAGGCGUACCACGUGGGCUGAAGAAAGGAAGCUCAAUACAGAGACAUUUGGAGUGUCUGGACGGUUCCUUCGUGGCCGCAGCUUUCGUGGUGGAUUUCGAGGUGGAAGGGGUAGCGGAGCAGCGAGGCGAAACCAAACCACUCACAGAGCUGGUACUGGCAGAGUGUAACUUCAGAGGCAAGUUUUUUAGCAAGAACAAAUACUGUCUCUGAGCCAGGUUCUAACAUCUCUCCUGAGAGGAUGAAACUGUAUAUAGAAAGAAAACAACCAACUGCUGCACUAAUGUGGGAAAAUGGUUCAUAUUGUUUACUGUCUCAGCUCAAGUGACAGAACUUCAUGUACUACUGCUUAUAUUCUGGACUUAUUUUGGACCAGCAACUGUCAGCUGGAAUAUUCUUUGUAAGAGGGAAUGUGUUCAGGGGUACCUUCUUCAGGGUGUCUUUUUUGUUUGUGUUUUUUUAAGUGCAGACUAACUUACAUUGUUCUUCUUUCUGGGUCUCUCAAAGGCUGCUAUAGUCUAAGCUUAAAGUCAGACUCCUUUUCUGAACCCUGAAGAAGAUAAAUCAUGCUAUUUUAACAUGGAACCAAAGCUCACUUGAAAUAAACCAGCUAUAAUUUGUUUGUUCUGAGUAACCAAAUGGAUUCUUUGGUGCUGCUGGUCUCACUGUUCUUGGCAGCAGGUGUGAAGUAGCACUUGGUAUCUGGAAGAAUGGAUUCCUGGUGCUGAGGAGUUAUGUAUAUUGUCACUUGGGAAUACUGGAUUGUUGAUCAUGUAGUAGUGUAAAUGACUGUACAACUGUUUGUCAGCUGGUACUAAUGUGGAGGUACUGCAGGUUUACACAGAACUGUGACUCUCCCUCGAGCUGAAGGGUGCUGGGUGUUCCUCAGAGGCUCAGAGCUCCUUACUGGGUGUGGGCAGUGUGGGGGCACAGUGAGCUGUGUCCUCAGCAGGACAGGGGCGGCAAGUGUCUCCGCUCGUGUGCUCGGAAUAAAGAGUUUUUGGCAGUAGUUGGCUGUCUGGGAAGGAGACCUGAAGCUCUGACUUCUUGCCUCAGUUUGUACCUUGCUCAUAGGUAGUACCAAACACAAACAGUUCUCUGUACACUAGUAGACUGUGGUGGAACACUAUGGAAUGUUUUCAUUAAACUAGGGAUGGGAGUCCAUAUAAUGAAGCUUAACAGAUGGGCAUGUUUAAUUUGUUUCCUCUAUACCCCCCCAUACUGUAAAUAGUUUAGUUGUUUUUCUUUUUAAAAAUCUGUAUGUGGGGAGAGGGGCUGGGAGGGAGGGGUUACAUUUGUUUGCAUGAAUAAGUGGGUUAAAUUGCUGUAGGCAUGUGUCCCUUUUUUGGUUGGUAGGGAAUUUUGUUGAAAAAGCACCUUGAUGACUGAACCCCUUACAUAGCUAGAAUUUUUUAGUUAUGCAUUGACCUAGGUUACUGUAAAAGCUUGGAUUUAUUUUUGUAGGACUUCAUUGCUAAGAAUUAGAACAUAGCAGUGGGGCUGCUCUUUGGAGUAAUGUAAAUUGUAAUUAUAAUAAACAUGUAAAUGUUUAA